UGGUUUGCUUGUGUGAAUAAAGAGCUGCGGUGAGGAGAGAGAGAGAGCCUCCCUUCUUCAGCCGCUAGAUAUCAGCUGCAUCAUCAUAUACAACAUCAGCGGGUGAUUUUUGCUCAGUUGUCGAGGAGUUGUUGUCAUGGAAGUCAUAAGUUCUUGAAAAUUUCAUCACCUCAUGAAGACCCAGGGAUGUGAUUGAAACCCGAGAAAAAACGAGAUUGUUUUAGCUCUGCUGACUACUGUGAUGAAUACUGGUAUGUGGUCAGUGGAGGAGCAGUGAAGGAGCCAGAGGAAUCCUGGUUUGAUAUGUGGAGGGAAGACUGUGUGCCGGAGCCAGGGAUUGCACUCUGAGGAAGAAGCUAGCAUAACUGUUAUCUUCAUGUAAAACAACACAACCUGCAGGCUGAAAGUCCUCUCUGGUGUUCUCUUUACUCCAGUCAUCAUAAUGACGCUGUCUCGGUAGCCUUUCGCUACCUGAUUGGUAUUCAUCCUGCUCUCUGAAACCUUCCAGCGCUGAUAACACUCAGAGACACAUUUUACUUUUACCGUACAAACCACCACCUGCCAUGGAUCGCCUGUGUCCGGGUGAAGGCGUGAGCCGGACACAGGACCUCAUUGGGAAACUGUAGCCACCUGGAUUCUCUUCAGCUUAUUUCCUGUGAUUUUACUCUGGAGUUAUUCUUUAUUUGGACCAGGGAUGGAUGUACCGGAAGCCAGCAAACAUGGGAAGAAGUCGACGAGUCAAAAGCUGGAGGACCAGAAAAAGAUUUACACAGACUGGGCCAAUCACUACCUGGCCAAGUCUGGCUGUCAGCGCCUCAUCAAGGACCUGAGCCAGGACGUCACCGAUGGAGUCCUGCUGGCACAGAUCAUCCAGAUCAUAGCGAAUGAGAAGGUGGAGGAUAUCAAUGGCAGCCCCAGGAGCCAGUCGCAAAUGAUCGAGAAUGUGGACGCCUGCCUCAGUUUCCUGGACGCCAGAGGAGUGAAUGUACAAGGGCUCUCAGCAGAAGAGAUCAGGAAUGGCAACCUAAAAAGCAUCCUGGGCCUCUUCUUCAUCCUGUCGCGCUACAAGCAGCAGCAACAGCAACAGCAGCAGUACUACCAGUCCCUGGUGGAGCUCAGCCAGCAGACCAGCAGCACCGCACCGUCCGCCAGCAGCCUCAAGACACAAGAGAUGCAGUCCAGUCUCACAGCACGAUAUGCAAGUCCUCCGGGCCACAGUGGAAUAGGGUCAACGCAGAAGAAAAACACAAGGUUACCAGGCCCCUCCAGAGUACCUGCUGCAGGCAGCGGGGCCUCCAGGAGCCCAGGCUUAUCCAACCUCAACCGUCGCAGCCAGAGCUUCAACAGCAUCGACAAGAGCAAGCCUCUUCAGUAUGCCAGUGGCAACGACAGAGAAGCGGUGAGGGGUAUCCCAGUACCCGGCGGGAUGAAUGGGAGCGGUAUUGGUGGGACAGUUCCCACCAGUCUCAGCGGGCAGCAGCUGGCCUCUGCCAUCCCCUCACCCACCGCCGGCAAGUCCUGGCGCAGCAAGUCCAUGAACCUCAAGCACAGCGCCACUUCGUCCAUGCUGGCAAGCCCCACGCACUCACCCUCCCCCACCCUUUCACCCCAAGGCUCUGAAGGCCUUCAGCCACAUGGAAGUGAUGGGUCAAAAGUAGGGUCAGCUGGCAGCGGCGGACCCCAGAGGUCCAUGCUGGAGAAGUUCCGCCUGAUUAACCCUAGAUCGGCUUCACGAGCGUCGCCGUCUGUGGCAGAGAUGGCUCUGCAGGAGGAGGAUGACCUGUCAGAGUAUGGUGAGGAUGGAUUGACACCCACGGGGUCGGUGUGUAGCAGCGGCAGUAGCAGUGCUACGGCCAAGCAAAUGUCUCCCAAGACCUCAGCAUCGUCCCUCAUUGCACCGAGCAAGACUUCCUCUUCUUCCUCUCCUUCCUCUCCUUCCUCAUUUUCAAAAGCAUCCAGCAGCAGGUCCAUGGCCUCUUCUAAAGACAAGGAGGACAAAAGCAGAUCUGGGAAAUCUUCUAAGGACAGCUCUCCACCCAAAGAGGAGAGAGAGUCUUUUGCUGACCCCAACAAGAAGUCCUCCAAAAUUGCCAGCCUCAUCCCCAAGGGAGGGAAGCCAUCAUCUGGAAAGAAAGAUGGCGGCACCCCCUCGGCUUCUAGCGGCAUCCCUAAGCCAGGACUCAAAGCUCCCUCCACCACGACGUCCAAGUCUCAGAGUCAGUCACAGAGCCAAAGCCAGGCCACCUUGAACAGCAGUGGCAACAUGCGGGGUGGAGAGGGGGAAAGAGCUAAGCUCACGAAAGGAGGGCAGGGUGGGAGUUUCUACAUACAGCGCUCCAGUGGGGGCCAGGAGGGCAAAAGGACCAGCAUGACCUCCUCCACCAGCACCUCAGCCCUUUCUGGGUCCAGUGGGAUGCUGGGAGGAGGAGGAGGAGGGGGUGGAGGAGGAGGUGGAGCGCUUGGAGGGAACGGAGUAGUUCAACUUCCUCAGCAGCAGCAGCACAACCACCCCAAUACUGCCACUGUGGCCCCCUUCAUGUACAGGACUUUCUCAGAAAACGACUGCACCAUGGUGGCCCCAGCAGACCCCUGCCUCAGCCCCACCAAGGGAGAGCUGGUCUACAGCAAGACAGCCAAACAGUGCCUGGAGGAGAUAUCAGGAGAGGAUCCUGAGACAAGACGCAUGAGGACGGUGAAGAACAUCGCUGACCUGCGGCAGAACCUGGAAGAAACCAUGUCCAGUCUACGGGGGACACAGAUCAGCCACAGCACACUAGAAACAACCUUCGACACCACGGUAACCACUGAGGUCAAUGGGCGAAGUCUACCAGCCCUCACUUCACGCUCCUCCCCCAUGGCCUGGCGUCUGGGCCAAACACAAACCCCGCGUCUCCAGGCAGGUGAAGCCCCCUCAAUGCCCAGCAGCUACGCUGCGCCUAGGGCGAGCACGACGAGCGCUGGCACCACCACGGGGCGCUACAGCGGCCACUCGGACCCCUCCAGGUUUGUGUUCAGUGCCCCCCUGAGGCGAGCAGCCGUGGCAGCAGGGGCGAGGGGGGCGGAGCAGGGGGAGAAGGGAGGAGGAGGGCUGGAAGGAGGGAAGCAGAUGGAGAUGGCAGGGUACAUGAGUGAUGGGGACAUCCUAGGGAGGAACGGCCGGAUGGAUGAUAUCACCAGCGGAUACCUUACAGAUGGUGGCCUCCAUCUGUAUGCGCGGAACACAGGCCGAGCCUCAGACGCGGCUUCUUCUCGAGAAGUAUCCCAGAGAGGAAGCAAAGAGAUGCAGGGCGACAUAGACAGUUGGGACGACAGCAGCUCGGUGAGCAGCGGCCUGAGCGACACAUUGGACAACAUCAGCACUGAUGAUCUGAACACACCCGCCUACUCUGCUGUCAGCUCAUCACGCAAAAGCAAGGGAGCCCAGUCCCAGAAAGGAGGCAGGUCCAAGCAUGCAGAGCAGGAGGUGAGCAGCAGCUGGGCCGGAGCCGAGGACCUGAAGAAGGUGGAGGAGGAGCUGGACGCAAGCAUGGACCCCAGCAGCGGCUCCUCCCGGUGGAAGCCUUCCUCAUCCUCCUCUUCCUCUCAAGCCCAGGGCUCGUACGAGGAUGCCGGUCAGAAGGCCACUGCGCUGGCCCAGAUGUCCCAGACGGGUUCGUGGAGGAGGGGCAUGACGGCCCAGGUGGGCAUCACGCCACCCAGGACCAAGGGUACCUCUGCUGCCCACAAAACACCAGGCAAAACUGAUGAUGCCAAGGCCUCCGAGAAGGGCAAGGCGCCUUCCAAGAGUUCAGCUGCCAUCCAGCGCUCCCCCUCAGAUGCUGGGAAGAGUAGUGGAGAUGAAGGUAAGAAACCUCCCUCCGGCAUUGGACGCCCACCCACCACUGCUUCUUUUGGAUACAAGAAGAUCCCGGGUCCCAGUGGUACCCUAAUCACCUCCAGUGGUGCAACGCUCGCCAGCGGCUCAGCCACCCUGGGCAAGGCACCCAAAUCCUCAGCUGCCCUCAGCAAAGGCACAGGCAUCAGCGGUGUGCGUAAGACCAGCCUGGAUGGCUCACAGCCCCAGGAUGACGGCAUCCUACUCAGCUGCAGUGGCUCCAAAGUAACCCUGCAGUACCGCUCCCUACCCAGACCCGCUAAAUCCUCCAGUGGGGUGGCAGCAGGGCGCAGUGGGCAUCGCUCCAGCUCCAGCAGCAUCGACUCAAAUGUCAGUGGCAAGUCAGCUGGAGGGGCAGCAACGCAAGCGGGUGCCAAACGCAGGGAUGGAAAAGUUGGCUCAGACCGUUCCAGUCCCAUCACCAUCAACCAGACAGACAAGGAGAAAGUGGCAGUGUCAGACCAGGACACCACCGCAGGACUGUCCACCUCCCCCAAGUCCAGCCCCACCUCCAGUUCAGCAGGCCAGUCCGGCCUCAGGCAGCCGGGCUCCAAGUACCCUGAUAUUGCUUCUCCCACGUUCCGCAGAUUGUUUGGCACCAAAGCCAGCAGCAAGGCCAGCUCUCCGGGCACUCCCGACUCUGGCAAGUGCCCGUCAAUACUGGGCAGCCCCCACGGCACGCUGGCGAGGCAGGCCAGUCUGGACUCGCCCUCCUCUGGCACAGGGAGCCUGGGCAGCGCUGGCGGCCUGAGCGGUGGCAGCAGCCCACUGUACGGUAAAACCCCAGACCUGUGCACCGACUCCCCGGCCUCCAGCCCGGCCUCUGGCCUCUCCCUGCCUUCCAACGCUCGGCCCUGGCCUGCCUGUAGCUCGUCAGCUGGCAGCAAGGACACACUGAGCUGCCAAAGCAUGACCAGUCUGCACACCAGCUCUGAGUCCAUUGAUCUGCCACUGGGCCACCACGGGCCCAAGGUUACACGAACCGGCAGUGUCAAGUCCACCCUGUCUGAGGGCAUGCCUCUUGACAGAAACACGCUUCCCAAAAAGGGACUGAGGUACCCGCCAUCCUCCCGGCAGACGUCCCAUGAGGAAGGGAAGGAGUGGUUGAGGUCCCAUUCAACAGGGGGGCUUCAGGACACAGGCAGCCAGUCCCCACUGUCACCCCCUGGAGCUUCCUGCACCACCACUGGAAAAUACCACUACUCCAACCUGCUGAGCCCCACGAACAUCAGCCAGUAUAACCUGCCACCAGGCAGCAGCAGCAUGAGCCGCUCCAACAGCAUCCCCGCCCAGGACUCCUUUGACCUUUACGGAGAGGGUCACCCACUGGGUGGCAGCGCAACAUCCCUGGAGGACAGACCACGGGCCAUCAGCCGCUCCGGCUCCUUCAGGGACAGCACCGACGAAGUUCAUGGCUCUUCAUUAUCUCUGGUCUCCAGCACGUCUUCACUGUACUCUGCGACGGAGGAGAAAGCACACUCAGAGGGCCAAACAGUCCAAAAUUCCACGCAAAUCAGAAAGCUGCGUCGGGAGCUGGACGCCUCUCAGGAGAAGGUGGCAACCCUGACGUCUCAGCUGUCUGCCAAUGCUCACCUGGUUGCAGCCUUCGAGAAGAGCCUGAGUAACAUGACCUGCCGCCUGCAGAGCCUCACCAUGACUGCUGAACAAAAGGAGUCUGAGUUGGUUGAGUUGAGAGAGACAAUAGAGACGCUGAAGACACAGAACACUGAUGCCCAGACAGCCAUCCAGGUGGCGCUCAAUGGCCCUGACCACCUGCACAAAGACCUACGUAUUAGACGACAGCACUCAUCAGAAAGCAUGUCCAGCAUCAACAGUGCAGCCAGUCACUCCAGCAUGGGCAGUCUGGGCAAGGACGCCGAAGACAAAAAGAAGAAGAAGAAGAGCUGGGUGGCUGAUUCCAUCCCAGCUCAGUUGCGCAGCUCCUUCAAGCAGGCGUUCAGCAAGAAGAAAACCAAAUCCCAGUCGGCCCAUGACGAGAUGGAGGAGAUGACCGACUCGCUGCCAUCCUCGCCCAAAUUGCAGCACGAUAACAGGCAAGGCAGCAUUGCCACGCUGCAUUCUUCACCCUCCACCACAGAGCUGUGCGAAUGCACUGAAGCCGAGGCGGAAAUCAUCCUCCAGCUGAAGAAUGAGCUGAGGGAGAAGGAGCUCAAGUUGACAGAUAUUCGCCUGGAGGCGCUUAGCUCCGCCCACCACCUGGACCAGAUCCGAGAGGCCAUGAAUCGCAUGCAGAACGAAAUCGAGGCACUGAAAGCGGAGAACGAUCGUCUCAAGUCCAGCGGUAACGCCACGCCGACAGCCACGCCCGUCAAGACGGCCCGGCCGCCCUCUGAGACCUCCAGCACAUCCUCGUCCUCCUCCCGUCAGUCCUUGGGGCUGUCACUAAACAACCUCAACAUCACUGACACCAUCAUGUCAGAUAUUCUGCUCGAUGAUGGCUACGAGGGCAAUCUACGCAAAGAGGGCCGCAGUGUGCGAAUAGUGGUUACCAUCAGCAGUGGGCCAUAUAGCACCAAGGGUACACAAAGCCAGGCGUACCUGAUUGGGUCUAUAGGUGUGAGUGGGAAAACCAAGUGGGACGUCCUGGAUGGGGUCAUCCGACGCCUCUUUAAGGAGUACGUGUUUCGGGUGGACCCUCUGACCAGCCUGGGUCUCAGCUCAGACAGCAUCAUCUGCUACAAGAUGGGUGAGGUGGUUCGUUCCCACGCCUCCGAAGUGCCUGAGCUGUUGCCCUGCGGCUACCUGGUGGGCGACAACAACGUCAUCAAGGUCAACCUCAAAGGUGUGAAGGAAAACAGUAUAGACAGCCUUGUGUUUGACACGCUGAUUCCAAAGCCCAUCAUCCAGCGGUACCUCAACCUGUUGAUGGAGCAUCGUCGUAUCAUCCUCUCAGGACCCAGCGGCACCGGCAAGUCCUUCCUGGCUGCCAAGCUGGCUGAGUACAUCAUUUCCCAGAUGGGGCAGCAGGUGACAGAGCACAACGUGGCCAGCUUCAACGUGGACCAGAAUUCCAGCAAGGACCUGCGUCAGUACCUGUCCAACCUGGCAGAACAGUGCAACUCUGAGGACACAGACAUGGAGCUCCCCACUGUGGUGAUCCUGGACAACCUCCACCAUAUCGGCUCCCUCAGUGACAUAUUCAACGGCUUCCUCAACUGCAAGUACCACAAAUGCCCUUAUGUUAUCGGGACCAUGAACCAGGGAGUGUCGUCUUCUCCUAACCUCGAGCUACACCACAACUUCAGGUGGGUGCUGUGCACCAACCACACCGAGCCGGUCAAAGGUUUCCUGGGCCGUUUCCUGCGGCGGAAGCUGAUAGAGACGGAGAUCGAUAAGAACAUGCGCAGCAAUGACCUGAUUAAGAUCAUCGACUGGGUCCCCAAGACCUGGCAGCACCUCAACACCUUCCUGGAGGCACACAGCUCCUCUGACGUCACCAUAGGCCCCCGUCUGUUCCUGUCGUGUCCCUUGGAUGUAGAAGGCUCUCGGGUUUGGUUCACUGACCUGUGGAACUACUCCCUGGUGCCCUACCUGCUGGAGGCUGUCAGGGAAGGGCUUCAGCUGUACGGCAAAAGAGCAGCAUGGGAGGAUCCAUCCAAGUGGGUGAACGACACAUAUCCAUGGAACGCCGCCUCGCUGCAGCAGGAUGGCCAGUCGCUGCUGCAACUCAGGCCGGAGGACGUGGGAUACGACGGCUACAGCUCAUCCAAGGAGGGAGCCUCGUCCAAGCAGGUGUCUCAGAGCGACACUGAGGGAGACCCACUGAUGAACAUGCUGCUACGGCUGCAGGAAGCAGCUAACUACUCCAGCACACAAAGCUGCGACAGCGACAGCACCAGUCACCAUGACGACCAGCUGGACUCCUCGCUGGAGUCGGCGCUAUGAGACGAAGAGCUGCGCUGGGAGACACCGGACCCCUUGAACCUGGGAACCUCUGAACCUCGGUCACUAGCAGACACCCCCUAUAGUGCACAGAUACAUAAUAUAUGAAAAGUUUUAUUAUCAAAAUGGUAUACCUGCCAUUUGAUAGAAUAUUUUUACAUUACAAUGGUGCAAUAUUAAAUCAGAUUAUUGUAUGUUUUAAAGAGCAGCCAACUUGGUCCUCAGUGAUCAACGUGAUAAACAAUCAUACAAGUUGGAUCCGUUAUAUUUUAAGCAUAUAAUUAAGCUCAGCUAGUCAUUUAAUGGAUGUAUAACAUUUUAGAAUACAACUUUUCAUAUGUGUGUAGGCGGGAUAUGUCUGACAAGGGACAGUAGUUCCUUUUGAAGUUGACUUCCAAGGAGUAAAUCACAUUGUGCUCACUCACGAUGAGCCACAGAUCACCCCGUAAUUUUAACAUGGGGUGUCAAUCUCUGAAGUGUCAGAAAAAAAGAGAAAGCCAAGAGUUUAAACUGGAUUUUUCUUUUUCUUUUUUUUUUUUUAAAUCCCAGAUAUAUCUUCAGAUGUUUACAAUGGGGGGAGAUGGGUUCUGUUGUUUAUGUCUUUCCUUGUUUACAGAGGUGCUUCUCACACAGACACACACACACUCAUGCACUUACACAGGCAGCAGGAGGACACUGUCCUCUAAUCAGAGGCUUCGAUUGGUUCAAGCCCCCAUGUGACCAACAGUCCAGCCUGCCAAAGUGUCCUUGAGCAAGGCACUAUUUAUACCACCCUGGGACCCUCAUCUCUGACCCCACCUAUUGAGGGACUGUUGAGUGUUUUCAGGUGAUGUAAUGCCCUCUGGUGGUCACAAUGGAGGUUUUCAGCUGUUAGAAAACUGGUUCUAAACAGAUUUUCUUUACACACAAAUCACAAACUUCUCCGUCUCCUUGUUUACCACUAUAUCACCUUAUUUGGGUGUCUUUGCCUUUUCUGAACAUAAGGACAAUUCUGCGCCUCCAUGAUGGCACCAGACGUGGUUGAUUUAAAAACAUUUGCAAAGCCUCUGCAGCCCAAUUAGGAUCACAAGAAUUACAUUUUCAUAACGGCGCACAACCCUCCUGUUCAGUCGUCAGUUGAGCUUCAUGGUGCUGGUCUCCUGCCCUGAGCCUCCUCAGUGUCAGGCACUGCCAAGCCGCUCCUCGCUGCCCUGCAUGCCAACAACAAGCACAACGAAAGCCCAUUGUCUGUGUGUCAUCCAGCCACAUUGCUACUGUGAAGAAAAAAAUGGACAAGUGCCAAUGUUUCCCUUUGAUUUACUGCCAAAUGUAGACACGCGCACACACAAACACAACCAUACACACACAGAGACUUAACAUCACAGCACACAGCCGAACAUGGUUGUAAACUUAGAUUAAGUUGUUCUUGGCCUUCCACGCUCCACAGCCUGUUGUCACUCCAUAGCUUACAAUGCACCAUGAGAGCAGCAGGCAGCGCCUUCUGUGAGUCCCCACAGAACUGUCUGUAUUGACCGUUUGCUAAACACCUCCCUUAAACAGUGACUGUCCAGUCAUUAGCAACUGUAACUCAGCAUCUCUGUCAGGCUUUCUCCACGUGUUACAGUGGCAUGCAGAGAGAUGCAGUUCAUAGAUACUCAGCAUUUACAGAGUUCUGAGGGUUAGUUGCAAAGGUUAGCAUGAUUGGCUAAUUAGUUUACCACCUACAGUAGUAACUGAGUUUAACCUGCUCUUUAUUUAAUUUAUGGAGGUUUAAACUCCAGCAACCCCAGCCAGUAUAACCCUGAGACUGAUAGUGUUUGCUAAACACAUAGGUUAGUUCUCACCCCAAACGCCUUUUCAUGACAGUGCCCCAUGACAAGGCCAAAUGCCCUAUCUUAUAGUGUCAAUGAAAGUAUUUUGGGGCUCAGUGUUGUCACAUGACAGACCCAGAAAUUGUAAUUCCACAAUUGGCCAGUAUGAAAAUUGGCUUCAAUGCCUGACACUGUUCCUGCGGGUUUGGUAUCCAUCCCAUGAUUUGAAUCUGUUCCAAACUUUAAUGGGUUCUUCCUUGGCCCAUGUUACAUCCUUCCAACAAGUUUAAUAAAAAUAGGGUCAGAGUUUCUUUCAUAAGUCUGCUGAUGAACGAACAGACCACCCAAAUGAAGACAUAACGUCCUUGAUUGAGAUAGAUAUGAACAAGUAUGCUAGCUAAGCAACUAAACAGAUUUAUGUUAUAGUCUAAUGUUACUAGAUUAACAAGCUAAGUUUGUACUGCAAUACAAGAAAAAUGCUGUUUUUGUUAAGCUCCAUUAGCCUCAGUCUUUCAGCCCGUUACCAUGUAUGAAGCGCACAUUAAAGACCUAUUUCAAGAUUAUCGUUUUAAAACAAGACAUACGCAAACAUUAAGCCCAUGGAACUAACGUUAGCUUAAUUAGCUACCUAGCUGCAGCUAAUAAAAUGUUGAGUGGCUAAUAUACUAUCAGUAUUAUUAUGAACUCAUGCAGAGGUGUGAGAAUGGAAAGCCUGACAGAUGAAGCAACAUGUGAGGCGGGGCUUAGCGAACGGUCACUUGCAAAUAGCUGAAUUCUUAUGACAUUUGUGUUAACCUGCAUGGAGAACCAAGUAGAUGGGGUUUGCUGCAACAUUCAGAACAUAAACUGGUAAAAUUCAGGAGAGCAGUAAACUGACUUUGAAAAUGUCAAGGCCUUUACUUCAACAGAUAUGAAUCAGAGCUGAUCAAUCAACAAAUUAAUACUGAAUUGAAUGAUGCAAGGUGACAAGGUGUCUUGUCUGGAACUCAUUUGAUAGUCUUGUUCAGCAUCUGCACCCAUCUGGUAUCCAUGAGGUACCAAAAAAGAAUCCAAAGUAUUUUGAAAUGCAAGUGAACCAGAUUGGCCCAAGAGCUGAGAAAGGGAACAAUGAUACUGGUGCUUUCUCACUGCCUUAAAUGUGCAAAAGUCUGGGAGGCAUCCUCUGCUCCCGAGUGAGAAGAAGAGACGUUAAUGUCAGACGAUGAUGAUGAUCUGCUUCCUGCUACGUCAAAGAAGCUGCUUGUAGUCGGAAAAACAGCCUCUUUUUGUUUUUUGUUUUCUUGCUCCCUCUUCCUCUAAACCGCCCUUUCUUGUUUCUGACAGUUAAAGUAUAAAAUGCUGUAUUUGAAUUUAAAACUGACCAAUAUUGUAAAAACAUUUAAAAAAAGGGGUGGGGUAUUUUUUAGUUGUUGUUUUUUCGCCCAGUUGAGCUGGGCUCACUUGAACAGGAGCACAACCAAACUGUUUUGGGUUUUUUAGCCUGAUGAGCAUGUUUUGAAGCUUUUUAAAGGGGAUGCAUCAAGGAGAGACCUUUACCGUUACGUAUGCGUGUAUUGGACGGAAGCCAUUUUGAAUUUUGAUUGUCCUCUCUUUGUUUAACGAGUGGGUUGGUUUUGCACACUUUGAGGUCGGGGUGGGUUGUAAAUACUUAAGUCUUGCACAGUGAAUCAAAGAUGCAUUCUGCCCUGUUGAUGUUACAAUAUGCUUAACCCGCUGAGUAAAUUAUUGUACUUUGAAAACAGAGAGAAAAAAAAGAAAUGCAAAAACUCAACACGCUGUCAGAAACAGGUGUGUGUCUUGUGGUGAUUGGAUGUUUUGCCUAUGCAGGAGGCAUACGGUGUACAGUAAGAAACAGUUUUUAGCUCACAAAAAUCACAGACUGAGAAAAAAUAGGCACUUUUCCAGUAUCCCCCCUUCCUGCCAUAAUAUUCUCUGGAUCCUCUCCGUCUUUAGGAAUGCCCUGUUGUUCCUUAGAUGCACUUCCUCUCUGGACAUUUUCACCCAAGCUUACCGCCACGUUAGGCUUGCAAGCUGUCCGAGGCACCGAAGCUGACCUGACACCGUACUGUAUACAUCCAACAGGUGCUACUGGUCAGUCAAAACCCAUCAGAGACCAAGAAGUCAUGUUGUCACAACCUCAGGACAAUCCUAUCCUCUACAAUCCUACCUGUGUUCAGCUUCACAUGUGUCUCUGCAGCCAAGCCUCUGAUGGUUCACACAUGUAUCUGGCCAACUUGGUCGGCCUUGCGUCUGCAAGGGUGUUUAGUUGCAUGAUAAAGGGGUAGUUACCAUGGUAACAGGUUGCUCCUUACCUACAGUUACACCCGUGUAUCAAACCUGAACUUAUAUCUCCCACAAUUCACCCUCUCAGCUACUCUACACUCCUGUUGUGGGCCAUGAGAAUCCCGAGCUAGCAGAACUUUGGCACCGUUAACAGUGUACACCAUAGUGUUGAUGAUCAGCUGGUCAUUUUUCCCCACUUUACACUUUGCAGUUACAUCUCAGUUGAAAACCAUAGCAUUUACUCUGGUUUGAGAGAAAGUUUUCUUCUUUUUGGGUGAAACAUUUGUCCUUAAAUGUUUUAUAUUUUGUACAUUUGUAUGUAACAUAUCAUGUAAAUAGACAGAGACAGUGAUUUAACUCAUCUGGAGGAUUUUGUAGUCUUUGUAAAGCCCUAAUAAAUGGUAUUUGGUGUCACACGAG